GCAGCAAUCAACGGCCGAGAAAAACGACUGACCCAAAUUCAAUUUUCUGGCAACUUACCUCUCUUGCUAGACUGUACAUAAGCAUAUCGCACACCAAAGCGUUCGCCUUUCUUUAAUCCUUCUUCAGAUCAUCGUUUGGCACUACACCUUCAUUGGAUCAUCGUUUUGACGUUGGAGUCCAUCCCAGAUCUUAGCAGGUCAGCAGCGGCUGCGCUCAUCGAGCGCGGGAUGGCGUCCGAGGUAGCCAGCCUUGCACUGGUCUCGGCCGCCGUGGCCGCGGCCAUGGCCUACGCGCGCCUCGCCGCCUCGCGCUUGGGCCCCGGCCUCCCCCGCCUCGCGGCGCUCCUCCCGGUGCUCCUCCUCCUCCCCAUCCUCCCCUUCACCUUCUCCUCCAUCCACCUCCGCACCAUCUCCGCCUUCUUCCUCGUCUGGCUCUGCGGCUUCAAGCUCCUCCUCCUCGCCGCCGGCCACGGCCCGCUCCACCCGUCCCUCCCAGCCGUGCGCUUCGCCGCCUGCGCCGCGCUCCCCGUCAAUGUCCGGGACAGGGCGCAGACCUCGCGGUCCCUCCCUGCCGGGUUCCUGCUCUCCUACGCGGCCAAGGCGGCCCUCUUCGCGGCGCUCGUCUCGCUCCGUGGCCUCCGGGCGAGGAUGCCGGCGUACGCCGUGGUCGCGUUCGACGGCGCGCACGUGUACCUGAUGCUCGAGCUCUUCCUGGCGUCCGCCGCGGCGUUCGCCCGGACGCUGCUGGGCGCGGAGCUGAAGCCGCAGUUCGACCGGCCGUACCUCGCCUCGUCGCUCCGCGACUUCUGGGGCCGGCGGUGGAACCUCAUGGUCCCCGGGGCGCUCCGGCCGAGCGUGUACCGCCCCGUGCGCGCCCGCCUCGGCUACUCCGCCGGCGUGCUCGCCACGUUCCUCGUGUCGGGCCUCAUGCACGAGGUGAUGUUCUACUACAUCACGCUCGAGGCCGGCACGGGGGAGGUGACCGCGUUCUUCGUCCUCCACGGCGCGUGCGUGGUGGCCGAGCGGCGGUGGGUGAGGCGGGGCAGCGCAUGGCGGCCGCCGCGCGCGGCGGCGACGGCGGCCACGCUGGCGUUCGUGACGGGGACCGCGUCCUGGCUCUUCUUCGCGCCCGUCAUACGGAGCGGGCUGGACAAGGCCAUCGUCGCCGAGUGCGAGGGAAUUCUGGCCUUGCUGGAGGCGGCUGUGCGGAGGCUGGCUGCACGCCUGGUUUGGAAUUGGAGCUGAUGGUGUGCCUCACGAGGAACAUGGCGGCAGGCUUUACUUUGCAAGGAAGGAAACGUUGCAUUACACUAUGAGUAUUUUUAAAGUUAAAGGAAGGAAGAUUUUUAGGGCUGCAAAAAGAGUAGCAAGGAUUGGGUGUGCGAUGCGGUGCGCCGAUUAUUAACUGGAGGCCUAAAUUGUUCGGAGAAUGUAUUUUUUUCUCUAAACCUUGGCAACUCCCUGUCAUUGUUCGGAUGUCGUGUUGCUGGUACGCAUUUUGGCCUAGCGAAGCAAGGGUUGUCAUGCUAGCACAUGCACGCCAAUUUAUUUUUCUGUUGCAACGCACAGGCAUAUGCCCUAG